CAUUCGCCUCUUCGCCCCAGCACUUCGCCGCCUGACGCACGCGUGCUGACGGCGCCGGGGAGCGGGGACAGCUUCUCCCGCACACAGCUCGCGGCCGGGCACUGCGGAGAUGCCGGGCCGGGGCCCAGGGUCCGACUGGACGGAGAGCAGCUCUUCCGCAGGGCCGCCCACAGCGGCCGGGACCGAGGGCGGCGGCGGCGGAUCAGCUGGACAUUCUUAUUACCAGAAUUCUAAAGGUACUGAUAGAAUCAAAGAUGGACACAAAGUGGACUCACACAUAGCCAAGCUGCAAGAGGUAUGGAAAAAUCCUCAAAUUCAAACAAUUCACAUCCCUAAGUCAAUGAUGGAUGCAUCCUUUCUAAAGCAUCCAGACCUCACCAUAAUCCAGAAGCGUUAUCUGUGCAGUAUUGCUAAGAUGUACAAUGCAAACUAUCUGAGGGCGUUAGUGAAGAGGCAGUAUAUGCAUGUGAUUCAGCGCAGCUCACCAAAGCCAGGUGUCCUCACUCAUCAUAGGAGCCGCCUCAGCUCUCAUUACUCACAGAAACAGCAUUAUCCCUGCACUACAUGGCGACACCAGCUGGAGAGAGAGGACUCCGGGCCUUCUGACCUUGCAGCUGCAUCUGCACCUGAAAUGAUCAUACAGCAUUCUCUUUGGCGACCAGUCAGAAACAAAGAAGGGCUAAAAACUGGAUAUGCAUCUAAAACAAGAUGUAAGUCACUGAAGAUUUUUAGAAGACCUGGCAAACUAUUCAUGCAACCAGUUUCUUCAAAUGGUUCCGAAUCAUACAUGAGUGAAGAAAAAAAGGAAGAAGACUUACUAAAUAAGUGUAUGCAGUCAAUGUCAAUCGAAGAACAGGGAGAACAUCUGAUGUUAACUUGAUAGUCUUGUCUCAUAUAUUUAAUUUGUGCCAAAGGUGGGGGGAAGGAGUUGUGAACUGUGUCCUCUCUCUAUACUUAGAAUAGUAUUGUUAUUCACGAUUAAGUCAUUAAGUAAUUUUGCUUUGUUCAGAAACUUUUACAACAAUGUAAUUGGUCUGAUAUAGUUCCAUAUUUGUGUAAUAAAAUUUAUGUGUAGUAUAUGCUUGUAUUUCUAGCUAGAUACAAUUAAAGUGUUUCUUGUCACUUAAAA